ACAAACAAGCGCGAUAAGCCCCGCCCAUGCCGAGAGCGCGACUCUGCGCUGCCGUCUCUCUCCCCCACCAGUGGCGCGAGCUGGCACAGGACGACGAGACACGCCGUCCACGCCGCUCCGAGCACGUGGUCUCGUCCACCGACACGGCAGGUCAGGGUUGGGGUUGCUCCCGCAGUUCCUUCCCUUCCUGUGCACGUACACAGUCUCUUCCCGUCUGCCGCCGGAGAACCAUGUACAGAGGAGAGGCGGCCAUGAACGCCAGCGGGGGCGCGGUCCAGCGCGCCAACCUGACGGACGUCAUGACCUUCAACGCGACGCACGUGCUGUCCAUGGCGAGCUUCAGCUUGAUGAUGGUGGUGUCCUCGGUGGGCAACAUCGCCGUGCUGUGCACCCUGCUGCGUCGCAGCAAGCGCUCGCGCAUCAACCUCAUGCUCACGCACCUGGCCGUCAGCGACCUCUUGGUGACCUUCGUCCUGAUGCCCAUGGAGAUCGCGUGGAACUACACGGUGUCGUGGCGGGCGGGUCCCGUGGCCUGCCACAUCAUGGCCUUCUUCCGGGUGUUCGGCUUCUACCUGUCCAGCGCCGUGCUCGUCUGCAUCACCGUGGACAGGUACUUCGCCGUGCUGAAGCCCAUGAGCCUGAAGACCCAGAGCGCCAGACGCAUGCUGGCCGCGGCCUGGACCACGUCCAUCGUCAGCAGCCUACCCCAGGUGGCGAUAUUCCACCUGGAGUCUCCCGAGGGCAUCCCGGAGUUCGUCCAGUGCGUCGCGUUUCACUCGUCCCCGACGGCCGGGGUGGAGCUCGCCUACAGCUUCUUCAGCAUGCUCAUGAUGUACGGGAUCCCGCUCCUGGUCAUCGUGUUCUGCUACGUGUCCAUUCUGAUGGAGAUCUGCCGCCGCUCCAAGGAGACCUCCACCGACACGUUCAGGCGAUCCAGCCUGGGGUACCUGGGCCGGGCCAAGGCGCGCACCCUCAAGAUGACCAUCAUCAUCGUGCUGGUGUUCAUAGUGUGCUGGACGCCCUACUACGUCAUGUCCGUCUGGUACUGGUUGGACAAUGAUUCUGCAGAGAAAGUAAACCCGGUGAUACAGAAAGUACUGUUCCUGUUCGCGUCGACGAACACGUGCAUGAACCCCAUCGUGUACGGCCUGUUCACCCUCCGCACCUGCGGCGUGGGGAGGACGCAGCAGCUGAGCGACACCUCGGCGACCGGGCCCGUGGACCGGCCGGCGCGCAUUGCCGCGUGGAGGAGGAAGAGGGAGGCGGUGCGGCGCGAGCUGCUGAUGGACCUGGUGCGCGCGCACAAGCCCCGGGACGCGCCCACGGCGAGGUGAGCCCCUGCCGUCCGGGGGCCGAGACCUCGGGCCGCCGCGCUGCUGAGCCGCUCCGGCACCCUCCACCGCCGCUCGCACGGUGCGCAGACCUCCGGGUAGAGAAACCCGCGCGGUUGGAAAACUGCUCAAGACAUCCCGAGUGCGACAAACAUCUAAAUAAUACGCUGAGGGCGGAUGAAUAGUCCCGUUUCCGUAUUUUUUUUUUUGAACACUAUUCCUAGGAGAGUGUUUUCCGGGUAAAUAAUACUUUCUGGCAUGAGACAGCCUGUUGGAUAUUCUUGAAAAAAAAAAGCACUCGAGGGAUUUGCAAUGCACCUUCGUCUUCAUUCCUCCGCCGUGUCAAAUCUCCCAGUUGCCCUACGCACGACCGGGAAGACUGCAGGCCAGUUCAGAGCCUCGUGCGCAUACAGGCGACACUGCGCUGGAAGCACCGGAGCGCAUGGCGCUUAUCCCGCCUCACAAACACAGAUACACCCCUGACUAGGACUAACCAAGAAAUUCCAAUGUUUAUUACUCACACUAAUGCCAAUGCCGGCGCCAAAGUACGUCCCUUUCAGCCAAUGUGACCACACGAUGUCUGUACGCAAGUAUUUCCAACGUAACAGAAAGUCCCAAACAACCACCUCUCCCCAAAUCAGUUCCUAAUCAUCCACAAACAGUGAACUGUCUCCUCCCCAAAGGAGAAUUGUAUACAUAAAAUGGUUGAUUUAAUCAUUAGGUACAAUAUAUCACACUUUUUUUUCUAAACUGUUUAUUUAAUUUCUUCACACUGCCUGUACCCACACUUGAUAAAUGAGAGUACAGGUCAUGUUGCACUCUAAUGUUUACUGCUCCUAACAGUUAAUUCAUAGUUUUACAAAUAUGAUAAAGUAUUUCUGAAUCUUUGGCAGUGUUCCUUUUACUCAGAUUGUUUAAAAUGAUAAUAUGGUCCAUACAUGAUCGUUCAGCAGUUUUGCUCGUGCCUCAAUUGUCUUCCCUUUAAGUUGUGACUUUAAUUGAUUAGCACUGAGUCGGUAUCCAAGAAGUUCAUAGCACAUUAUAAUCACGGAGUCGUCACCUUAGGUCUCUGUGCAUGAGCAUACUUCAUAAAACCCUAUUUAAAAAAUCUUCCCUUAAAUUGCCUGUAUUUGGGGGGACUUCUAAAUAUUCCAGAAACCAAUGUACUAACACCAAUACCUUUAAAGUAUUUCAACUCAUUUUGUACAGUACUGAAGAUGCCUACUAUUCGGCCAUUUUGCCAGAAAAGUAAAAUAGUUUCUAAUUAUUAAAAUAUGUCCCCGCUUUUAAAUGUUCUACAUACCUACUUACUACUAUAAAACUGUCCUGCAAGUUCUUCAUAAAGUUUGUAACAAAUUCAUUGCUGUCAUAUGUUGAGCUUUUUGAUACCCAGCAAAUAAAAAUUCAGAACAAAUAUUUUCAUACUAUGAUCAGUGUUGUACAAAUUUUCACAUUCCAAAACAUGCAAGAAAAUAUUUUUUUACUAUGUGUCUUAGUAUUCAAUAAAUAAUCUAAAAUGUUAAUUAAUAUUGUGUGGUCAUAAGUGAAAUAACCGAGAGUUAUAAAAAUAUGCAAAUUAUACAUUUUCUUGUAUAGUAUGUAAGUAUUCUAUAUAACUUGUUUUUCACCAAUUCUUUCCAAGAUAAAAGUAUUUUAUAAAAACUUAUAAUUAUUUUAAAGAGCAAAACAAAAUUUAAAUGCUUCAAGAAAUUAUGUGAUUAGCACUGUACUGUUUUAUUUUUAAUUUGUUAGCAUAUUUAUGUAUUUAAUAAUGAAAUGAAAUGUAGGUAGUUUGAUGCUUAUGUUCUGAAAUUACAUUGUCAUUUAUGAUUUGAAAAACCAUUAUUACGUAUCCUAAAAGUUCAUUUUCUUGUACCAAUUUAUAGAUCAUUGAGAUUAUAAAAGCUAGUUACACACACUAUUUGUACAUGAAGUGCUUAACAACACUUUUUUAAACAACUUAUGCUGGUACUUCCCUAACAUGGACAAUUCUAUUAUAUUGUUGUUCUGAGUAAAUACAACCCAGAUGUGUACUCAAAUUUACUGUGUUUGUAAAAAUAAAUUGUAACACAGUAAAUAUAACUUUAUUAUUUGUCAAGUAAGUAGUGACUAUAAAAAAUCUUACUACCUUCUAUGUUAAAUAAAUGUAAUCUUUUUCCUAAAAACCAGAGGUUAUAGAAAUAACACUGAUAACAAUAAAAUUUUUAAUUAUGAAAAUUAAACAAAGCUACAUAUAAAUCCUUAAAAUCUUGUCUGUAGUUUAUUAGGUGUAGUUAAUUUGUAGGUGUCAAUCUUAAAAGUUGUGCUUGAGAAUAUUCAUUCCAUACUAUAGCAUUUCUUGUGUGUGGAUUCUGCUAGUCAGGACAUUUGUUUUAUGAAUGGUAAAAUAAAACGGUAACUUGCUGUAGGUAACGAUUCAAAGGCAAACACUGCUUUAUAAAAACAAUGCUGUGAUCACGUUCCCAAUGUAUUUAUAUAUUUUUUUAGUGCAUUUGUUAAUUUGUGAAGUUCAAAUGAGAAAUAAACUAUAAAAAAAUUACUGUGAA